AUGCCUCGCAGCGGCUACCUCAACAUGGAAGCCGGCUCGGCCAAGAGCCGCCGAAGAUCAUGCGUCUUCCUAUUCCUCCAGCCCGUCCGAGCCGCAGCGAGAGGCGUCUCCCGUUGGUGGCGGCCCGUCGCCAACAAAGAACAGGAGCUGGCGCCUCAACCCCCCCAGAAGAGAUACGUCCACGUCCCUACCCACGCGGCAUCCUCGUUCAUGCAGACGACGACGUCGAGGGGCAUGGCGCGGGCGAACGAGAUCAUAUGA